ACGUAUUUCUCUGCCCUUUCCCGACGUGGUGGUGCGAGGCGUGGGGCGGUGAGGCCGGCGAGGUUGUGUAAGGUUGAGGAGCAUAUGGUGACCCUGUGGUAAACCAGGACCGCUACAUCGUCCGGCUGAAGUAUCGCCCAAAGAACUUCGCGAAAAUAGCACAUGGCUCCUUUACAAAAACGCAAAGAGAGUGAACAUCUGUACGCCGGCAGCUACGUGCCCAACGAAAGCAGAAGCCGGAAAGGUAUCAACGCCGUUCUCCUUGGACCACCGGGAUCUGGCAAGGGCACACAGGCGCCGAAGCUAAAGGAAGAGUACUGUGUCUGCCACUUGGCUACCGGGGACUUAUUACGUAACGAGAUCAGUUCAGGAUCUGAAUUGGGCAAGCGACUGAAGUCCACCAUUGAGAGCGGGCAUCUGGUGAGCGAUGACGUAGUCAUCGAGAUGGUGGCCAAGAAUUUGGACAAACCCGAAUGCAGCAAUGGCUUCCUUCUGGAUGGCUUUCCACGUACCAUUGUUCAGGCUGAAAAGCUUGAUGAAAUGUUGGAGAAGAGGCGUACCCCUCUGGACUCUGUGAUAGAGUUUGGCAUUGAUGACAGCUUGCUCAUCCGGAGGAUUACAGGCCGGCUGACACACUUGCCGAGCGGGCGCUCGUACCAUGAGAUCUUCAACCCACCAAAAAAGCCCAUGACUGAUGACGUGACUGGUGAACCACUGGUGCGUCGACCGGAUGACAAUGCGGAAGCACUGAAGAAACGCCUGUCUGCUUACCACACACAAACUGCACCACUCGUUGGCUAUUACCAGAAACGUGGGCUUCACACCAGAAUUGAUGCCACCUUAGCUCCACAGAAUGUGUUUGAGAACAUCAAAAAGAUUUUUGAAACAGCCAAGAGCAAGGACCAUGUGAUCUUCCUUUGAUGGAGAGCUGGGUUAUCUGAAGAGGAAAAGAAGAUAUGAUGGCUCCGUGUCAAUAGCUGCUGUAGUGAAAUAAAUGAUUUGCUAUGGGUUUUCAUACAA